GUAGUUUGACAUGUCGGAGCAUCCUGCGGGACCGGGAUCAUGGUCCAGGUCGGGGUCCGGAGCGGCGCUGAGGCCCGGAGCGGUGAGACCCGGAGCGGUGCAGCCCAUCGGGGCAGAGGCUCUGGUUGCCCUGCUGGAGGGGGGGCUGGACCGGGUAGUGCUGAUCGACAGCCGGCCCUUCGUGGACUACAACGCCUCGCACAUCCUGGAGGCGGUGAACGUGAACUGCUCCAAGCUGAUGAAGAGGAGGCUGCAGCAGGACAAAGUCCAGAUCGCCGAGCUGCUGCAGCACUCGGCCAAGAAGAAGUUGGAGCUGCAGGGCGAUCAGGAGGUCGUCGUUUACGAUCAGAGUUCUUCAGAUCCAGCGUCUCUCAGCUCAGAGUCUUUCCUCAGUGUCCUGCUGGUGAAACUGGAGAGGACCUUCCCCUCCGUGCACCUGCUCUCAGGUGGGUUCUCCGAGUUCUCCCACCUGUUUCCUGGUCUGUGUGAGGGGAAGUCCACGCUGGUCCCCUCCUGUAUCUCUCAGCCCUGCCUGCCCGUCACCAACAUCGGGCCGACCCGCAUCCUGCCUCACCUGUACCUGGGCUGCCAGAGAGACGUCCUCAACAAGGAUCUGAUGCAGCAGAACGACAUCGUCUACGUCCUGAACGCCAGUAACACCUGCCCCAAACCGGACUUCAUCCCAGAGUCUCACUUCCUCCGAGUUCCUGUGAACGACUCGUUCUGCGAGAAGAUCCUGCCCUGGCUGGACCGGUCCGUGGAGUUCAUAGAGAAAGCUAAAGCGUCCAACGCUCGUGUCCUGGUUCACUGUCUGGCUGGAAUCUCGCGCUCGGCCACCAUCGCCAUCGCCUACAUCAUGAAGAGGAUGGACAUGUCGCUGGACGAGGCGUACAGGUUCGUGAAGGAGAAGCGGCCGACCAUUUCUCCAAACUUCAACUUCCUGGGUCAGCUGCUGGACUUUGAGAAGAAGAUCAAAAGUCCUCUCGGUACUGAAGCUAAACUCAAGUCCCUCCAUCAUCCCGACGCCGGCGGGGACGUCACCGCACAGCCGGACGACCUGGAGCCUCCGGGCUGUCCAGAGGCCCCCGCGGGCCCCGGCCUGGCCCUGCUGGAGCCCCUCACGCUGCCUUGUGUUUUAGCCGACGCCCCCGAGGAUCGUCUGCUGGCUCAGGCGCUGAGCGGCCUGCAGCUCGCCGACGGCCCCGAAGACAACGCCCGGCUGAAGCGCUCCUUCUCUCUGGACAUCAAGUCGUACGGCGAGUCCGGCGGGAGCGCUCCUCACCGAGUGUUCGUCCCUCACGGAGGGUCGGGAGACGCCGCCGAGUACUUCAAACCGUCUGGCUUUAAAGAGCCGACCAGUAAACCGUGCCAGUUCUCCCCGGUGGAGGAGGUGUCGGAGCAGUCCACGCCGGAGCAGAGCCCCGACAAGGAGGAGGCGGACGGGCCGGAGCCGGUCGCACCGCCGCCCUCCAGCAGCUUCACCAAACCUCCGCCUGCUGCUCCGAACUGUUCACACCCGCUGCACCGGAGCGGCAGCAUGGAGGAGAACGCCACCAGCUUCCUGUUCGGCCUCUCCCGCAGCCAGCAGCACCUCGCCAAACCGGGCUCCGGCGGGGCGCUGAAGGGCUGGCACUCGGACAUCCUGCUGGGCCCCGUCACCGUCUCCACCUCCUCGCUGGCCGGCGGCUGGUACCUCUCCUCCGACUCCACCCGCUUCUACUCCACCUCGGCCAUCCUGAGCGGCGGCAGCUUCGCCGCCUACAGCUGCGGCCACGGGCUGGAGGCGGUGCGGCGGCGCAGCCGGCAGAGGACGGGCGACCGCGGGGACUCGAGGAGGAGCUGGCACGAAGAGAGCAGCUUCGAGAAGCAGCUGAAGAGACGCAGCUGUCAGAUGGAGUUCGGAGACGGGAUGACGGACAGCCGGUCCAGGGAGGAGAUGGGGAAGGUGGGGAGUCAGUCGAGCUUCUCCGGCAGCAUGGAGGUCAUCGAGGUGUCCUGAGACUGAUCCGGGGACAGUUUCAGAGGUCGCACGCCGUCAGUCAGGACGAGUCCGACUGAAGCAGCUUCAACGUCACGGAGAGAAACGCGCAACACACAUCGGGCGCUUCACCGAGCGUCGCGAGAGUCGACAGAGACGAGCGGAGACUUGAAGAUUUACCGAAUCGAUCGAAAUACAAGAUUUCUUUUUUAAAUCUGGUUUUAUGUUUUUGAUUGGAAAGAGGAGAGAGUGUUGCAUUAUGGGUGGUUUUUAGCCUUGAUGUUUUUCGGCUAAAGUGAGUCUAUGAGAGUUAAUCAGCUCUAAACAGGGAUCCAACGGUCAUGACAAACCAGGAAAAGUCAUGGAAUAUGCAAACAGCAAUUUCCAGGCCUUGAAAAGUUUUGGACAAUGAAAUACACCCUGAAGGUCUCGGAGAAGUUUUGGAAUUUGUUUCACAAACCUGAAUAAUAACUGUCGGAAAGUCGAAAAUCCAACAAUAAUUUCAGUUUUUUACAGUUUCUUUAUGGGAUUAAUUGUGGGAAUUUUGGGUUUGGAAAGCUUCAUUUCUUUAUAAUCACUAAAAAAAAAAAUAGCCCAGUUUUUUUCUUUGAAACGCUGGAUUUCUGCUCUUCGUAGAAAUGUUUGUUUUUGAGGAGAGACAAGUCUUGAAGGACGCUGUCAGUAUCUGAGGACGAGUGUCGAAGUGUUUCUCAUCUCGUCCGAACGCAGCUGCUGUUGAAGGGAGUUUGUCUGAUAAUCAGAGGCGUCUUUUUGGGGGUUAAUAUGUGUAAUUAUGGUUUGUUCUGUCAUGAAAAAACUGGAAAAGACAUGGAAUUUGCAAAUAGCAAUUUUUAGUCCUAGAAAAGUUUUGGAAAAGAAGUCAUGGAAAUCAGUUUUACAAACACCUGAUGUCUUCAAAGACAGAUCAACGAUCACUUCUGUUUUUACAGUUUUACUGUGUGAUAAAGGGUGUCAUUUUGGAGAUUUUUAAAGAAA